GAAAGGCUAGUGUUUGUAAACAUGGGGUCACCUGAGUCUAAGAGGUCCAGAGAGGGAGGGUCUGGGGAGAAGUGGUACUGGCCCCUGAGGCUGUGAGAUAGCUCUGCAUCUGGUCCCACCCCACUAAAGGGAAGGGGAACGAUGGGUGCCGCUCAGAGGUCCGACCACAAACGCUCCAACGUUUGAGCCAUAUGCAAAUAUCAUGCAAAUCAGCAAAUGCACCAGCGGAGACUUUCUGGUGGGCGGGACCCGCGUGGGCCUCCCCGGCGUAGUGGUCUGGGAGGUGGGGCCCAGCCAGGUCAGGGCCCACCUGAGGAAGAGGCAAGUCUCACAAGUCUCACAAGUCUCACAAGUCCCUCCCUCAUCCCUGGCCUCGCUCGGAGCCAAAGUGGAUUCUGGAGAAAGACCUCGCAGUCCUAGGGGUAGGGAGGCCCGCCCUUAGCCCCGCCCACGCCCUCCUGGACUGUAUCCUGAACGGGGGCACUUCACACCUGAGGAACGGACCCAGGUCUUUGUCCCCCAGCCCACCGCCAAUGGUGCCCUCGACAUCUGGACCUCGCUUUCCUGAGUCUCCCCCAAAAAUGAUGCUGGUGGCUCUGCUGAUGGCUCUCCAUGCCCUCUGGCAGGCCCGGGCUGUUCCCAUCCUGCCCCUGGGCCUGGCUCCAGACACCUUUGAUGAUGCUUACGUGGGCUGCGCAGAGGAGAUGGAAGAAAAGGCAGCCCCUCUGCUGAAGGAGGAGAUGGCUGGCCACGCCCUGCUGCGGGAGUCCUGGGAGGCAGCACGGGAGGCCUGGGAGCACAGGCGUCGAGGGCUCACCCUGCCCCCUGGCUUCAAAGCCCAGCACGGAAUCGCCGUCAUGGUCUAUACCAACUCAUCUAACACUUUAUACUGGGAGCUGAACCAGGCUGUGCGAACAGGCGGUGGCUCCCGGGAAUUCUACAUGAAGUACUUCCCCUUCAAGGCCCUGCAUUUCUACUUGACCCGGGCCCUGCAGCUGCUGCAGGGCAGUGGGGGCUGCAGCAGGGGACCUGGGAAGGUGGUGUUCCGAGGCGUGGGCACCCUUCACUUUGAACCCAAGAGGCUGGGGGACUCUGUCCGCUUGGGCCAGUUUGCUUCCAGCUCCCUGGAUGAGGCAGUGGCCCGCAGAUUUGGUAAUGCCACCUUCUUCUCUCUAAGGACUUGCUUUGGGGCCCCUAUCCAGGCCUUAUCUGUCUUUCCUGAGGAGCGCGAGGUGCUGAUCCCCCCACAUGAAGUCUUCUUGGUCACCAGGUUCUCCCAGGAAGGAGCCCAGAGCCUGGUGACUCUCUGGAGCUAUAAUCAGACCUGCAGCCACUUUAACUGUGCCUAUCUGGGUGGGGAGAAGAGGCGGGGCUGUGUAUCUGUACAAACAGGACAGCCAGACUCCACCUCCCAGGGGGACUUCUCUCUACUCUCCUGGAAGACCCUGUUCUUGGCACCUAGGGGCUUCCAGAUCUCAGGAGUUGGGCCCUGAAAGUUCAAUAUCUGCCACUUAGGAGUUCUGGGAACUGGUGACCUUCAUAUGAAGAAGGGAGCUUCGAACAGCCUCGAAGCGAGAAAGUGGUUUCGGACACAGCCCUAGCAGCCACUUCCCCAGGGAUGGGGACCCACCCAGCCAUCUCUCUAUCCAGCCAUCUCCCCUCCCAACCAGGAUGUGGGGGGAUCUGAGGCCACGGCAGGGUGGAGGGAGCCCUUGCUAUGUGGUGGUAGGGACUCCCUGGGACAAGCAUGGGUAGUACUAUGACGAUCACUCAAUUAAACAGUAUUGCAGUGUGGUGACAUCAAAUUUCAUGAUUGGUUUA